AUGACUAUCACCAACGAAUUCAACCCAACUGCUAACCUUUCCAUAACGAAUGAAAAUCCAGAAAGCUCGAGAGAGAGGAUUAAUCUCAACGAUGAAGAAGAGAUCGCUUUGCUAAAGCUACAACUUGACGAACUAAGAGGAGAGCUGCGCCAAGUUCGGGACCUGACCCAUCUCACUGUGACUGCUUUACCAAACCCACCUCACUUUCCAUCUUUGGAUUCGCCGGUUCCAGAACACUUCCCUCCAUCCACACGUCCACUACCCCUUUCCUUUUCCAACCUACCUCCGCUCACUCCCGCGAAUCACAUACCAGGGGCACACGUUGACACUUCCCACGAGCAAUAUGUGCCACCGGUAUAUGCAGCUGGGGCUCCAACCUUUACCGCUCCUGUCACAGUCAGGGUCCCGUUCGAGGUGGAUCAGUAUGCCGAAAUGGAGAGAGAUGCCAAGCUAGGAGAAGACGAAUCAAUCAUUAGCCAACUGCACAGUCUAAGGAAAGAAAUGAGGAGCAUGCGAGUCACUCGGGGAAGUGAGAGUUUGGAUUAUGAUAAUCUAUGCAUACACCCGGAUAUUGGCAUGCCAAUAGGGUACAAACCUCCUAAGUUCGAUAUUUUUGAUGGGACAGGUGAUCCUCAUGCACAUUUGAGGGCCUACUGCGACAAGUUAGUAGGAGUAGGAAGGAACGAGAAAUUAAGGAUGAAAUUGUUUAUUAGAAGUUUGUCAGGAGAGGCGCUCACUUGGUAUACUCGCCAAGAUCCUCGCAAAUGGAGCGACUGGCAGGAUAUGGCUGGGGAUUUCAUGAAUCGCUUCGGAUUCAACACUGAGAUCACACCAGAUAGGUUUUCUCUGAGCAACAUACAAAAGAAGGCGACUGAAUCAUUCCAGGAUUAG